AUGUCUGCCAGUUGGCACAGCUGCAUGUUUGGCUUUGCCAGAACUUGCCAGCUGCCAGCCGUCUCCAUGUCACCUCACGUGCUCGUGCCAGCAGAAAAACAUGAAGAAGAGAAUCUGCAAGCUUCUUUUCUCUUCUGCCUGGCCUGCCUCACCUUCUUCGCCGUUGUUUCGCUUCUGAUCAGCUACCUCGAGGCGUACAAACGGAGACUCGUCAAGUUCCUCCUCAUCCCCUUUGCGGCUCUUCAAGAGGGUGAAGAAGAUGAUGACGAGCAUCUUUCCCGUCAUCUAACGCAGCAAAAUCCCAAUCACGUUGAUUAUUUCCAUCAAUUUCAAUCUGGUCACUACAAAUACGACAACCCCUUCGGUAUGUCUGCGUCAAAGUUCGCCAUGGAGACUGACAGAGACGUGCUCUACCACGCUCAAGUUACUCUGGGCUGUAACGGUCUCCGUGAUCUCUACAACCUGGGUUUCAUGCGUCAAGACACUUUGGAGAGGCGAAUCAAGGCUGCCGGCAACCGCAUCAAUUUGAACAGCACUGUUUCCCUCUGUGCCGUCUGGCUUCGCGAGAAGAUUGGCCGCACCUUUUCCACCGCUGGCACGUUGCCUUCACUCAAGGGUCUCUGUCUCUUCCUCGAGCGCAGAGGCUGCACGCGAGACAUGUGCUGCCAAAUAUUAUACGACGCCUUUCAGAAAGUUGACCCAAGCCACGCGGACCAGGUCUCGCUGCGAGUUGACACCAGCGUGGUGCUGACGAGCUUCCGCGCUGUUGUCGACCACAUCUACGACCACUGGUAUCAAUGGCUUGACGAGUCGGAGUCGCCAGCAGAUGUUGUCGAACUUGAACCAGACCAACCAAAGAACGAUGAUGGCGGGUUGUCCUAUCCUGCCUACAACCACAAUCUGGAGAUGUUGUCGCCAGCUGAGCAUAACCUUUACCUCGUCGAAAGCCUUGAGCAGCUUCACAAAGGCCACGAUCAUCAUUCCAUUCGCGACAAUGACGAUGCUAAACGCGGAGCCAAAAGACGUCAACACCCUGGACACCGCGCGCCCUUUGAUCUCGGACAGGCUAGUUCAUGGGGCUCUGAGCCCAACCAGUCUGACAAGUGUGCCACUCGAUUGCAAGAUUGCGUGUGCAAGGAAUGCAGUAUCAUAGGUUGGCUUUCCCAUUCUGCUGGUGAACUCCUCAUAACCACGGACGACAUAGAUAUUCCUGAAGAAGAGAGAUUCAGAGCUCAUGAAAAAAUGGUCAUGAAUCCUCAACGAGCUGCUUUGCUGGUCAGCACUUGCCCCGUCGUCGCGGCAAACAAAGCUGCAGCUCUGGAACUGGUGGACUCGGACCUGUUCAUGCCAAGGGCCGUUUGUCACCUUAGGAAGAUAAAAGGAAAGGAAAGUAUGGAUGCGGAAAGUGUGACUUCGUGGAAUGUGAUCAAUGCUGAGAACAUUGACGAUGGCAUGGAAGAAGUUGAUCGUUUCUUAGCAGAACUUGAUGCUUGUACUGAGGGAGGAGCGCAGAAUCAAGGCAUGGCAUCGCAAGCUCAAGACGAGGCUCGCAAACAGCAAAACCGGGACAGCGCACCUAUUAUGGAGCAACCUCUGCUCGACAGUGCUCCAGAGUUGGGCAAUGAACAAGGCUCUGUACCAGCAAUCAUGUCGGAUCUUCACUUGGGUGUUGGCAACAAGCCGGUCCACGGGGACCCCUCGUACGACCCUAUGGUCCAGGAUUUGUUUGAAGGCCGAAGCAACCUUCGGAUCCAGAAAGCAAAACGUCUUACGGCCCUUGAGAUGUGGGAUAUUGUUGAUGGCACAACCUCGAACGAUGACCAUUAG